UUUUGUUAUUAAAAGUAUAGUUUUUUUUUAAAUUUUAUUUUUGACUUGAGAGAGUUCACAGUUGACAUACAGGAGAGCAGAGGAGAGAGUGCUGUAGGGUUUUGAACUUUACUCUUUUCUUUCUUUGCUUCUUGUGUCUUCAUCUGCAACUUUUUAAUCUUUCACAAAUUUCCCAAACCAGAGAUUAAAAAAACCAAACCCUAAUCCACCUUAUCGUUUUUCUUAUUCUUCAGCUUCAUUUUCUCCAUUUCAGUCUCAAUCCCAGCUUGCUACAAAAUGACUUGAUUACCCUAGCUGAACACCCACAAUUCCAUGCCUAAACUCGCCCCUUUCACCUAAAUUUGCCGUCAUGCCACUGCUCAUUACGUGUGCUUCACUUAAUUAGGUGAGAGAAGGAAGCCAUGGAAAGUGAUGGGGUUGCGCUGGCGUGUUUGAUUUCUGGGAUUCUUUUUACUGUUCUGGGUUUAGGUUCAUUUUCCAUUCUCUGGGCCGUCAAUUGGCGCCCGUGGCGGAUUUAUAGUUGGAUUUUUGCACGAAAAUGGCCGAGUAUCAUACAGGGAUCCCAGCUGGGCAUGCUAUGUGCUCUUUUAUCUCUAUCUGCAUGGGUGGUUGUUUUAUCUCCUGUUUUGGUGCUUGUCAUGUGGGGAUGCUGGCUAAUCAUAAUAUUGGGCCGAGAUAUUGUUGGGCUGGCUGUAAUAAUGGCUGGUAUUGCUCUAUUAUUGGCAUUCUAUUCAAUCAUGCUGUGGUGGAGGACUCGUUGGCAGAGCUCAAGGGCUGUCGCUUUUCUACUUCUGCUGGCUGUUGCUCUGCUUUGUGCAUAUGAACUUUGUGCUGUGUAUGUUACGGCUGGUUCCAGUGCAUCUGAGCGCUAUUCUCCUUCUGGAUUCUUCUUUGGUGUAUCAGCAAUUGCCUUAGCAAUCAAUAUGCUCUUUAUCUGCCGCAUGGUCUUCAAUGGAAAUGGCUUGGAUGUGGAUGAGUAUGUUCGGCGGGCAUAUAAAUUUGCAUACUCUGAUAGUGUAGAAAUGGGUACCAUUUCUUGUUUACCAGAACCACCAGAUCCAAACGAGUUAUAUCCUCGGGAGUUCAGUAGGGCUUCACAUCUUGGACUUCUUUACCUUGGCUCCCUUCUUGUUCUUCUUGUCUACUCUAUUCUAUAUGGUCUGACAGCGAAGGAUGCACAUUGGCUUGGGGCUAUCACUUCUGCUGCAGUUAUAAUUCUCGAUUGGAACAUGGGAGCAUGCUUGUAUGGAUUUCAGCUUCUUAAAAGUCGUGUUGUUGCACUUUUUGUUGCUGGAACUUCACGGGUUUUUCUCAUUUGCUUUGGAGUACAUUAUUGGUACUUGGGGCAUUGUAUUAGCUAUGCAGUUGUAGCUUCUGUCUUAUUAGGUGCUGCGGUUUCUCGCCAUUUUUCAGCUACAAACCCGUUAGCUGCCCGAAGGGAUGCCUUGCAGAGCACAGUGAUUCGUCUGAGGGAAGGUUUCCGUAGGAAGGAGCAAAAUAGUUCAUCUGGUUCAUCUGAUGGUUGUGGCUCAAGUGUGAAACGCAGUAGUAGUGCUGAAGCAGGCCAUUUUACUAAUAUUAUUGAAGAUAAUAGCCAGAGUAUGGUACAUUGCUCUGCUGAUGCUGAUAAUUGGAAUAGUCUUGUCAUGUAUCCAACUUCUAGCUUUCAGGAGGGGAUAAAUAGCGAUAAGAGUGUAGACAGUGGAAGACCAAGUUUAGCAUUGCAUAGCAGUUCUCAUCGCUCAGUCCAAGAACAUGAAAUGGGAACAUUAGAUAAAAAUAUUGACCCCAAUGGCUCUUUUGUGGUUUGCUCCAAUAGUGGUCAUGAUAGCCAAGGUUGUGAAUCUAGUACAUCAACUUCAGUUAAUCAACAAAUGUUAGAUUUGAAUUUAGCUCUUGCAUUUCAAGAAAGGUUGAGUGAUCCUAGGAUUACAUCGAUGUUGAAAAGGAGAGCAAGACAUGGUAAUCGAGAAUUGACUAGUUUAUUGCAAGAUAAAGGAUUGGAUCCUAAUUUUGCCAUGAUGUUGAAAGAGAAGAGCUUGGAUCCAACUAUACUUGCAUUACUGCAGAGGAGUAGCUUGGAUGCAGAUAGGGAUCAUCGAGACAAUACUGAUAUCACAAUUGUCGAUUCCAAUAGUGUUGAUAAUGCUAUGCCCAAUCAAAUCUCCCUUUCAGAAGAAUUGAGACUUCAAGGGCUUGAAAAGUGGCUGAAGUUCUCCAGACUUGUUUUGCAUCAUAUAGCAAGUACUCCGGAGCGAGCAUGGGUGCUAUUUAGUUUUGUCUUUAUCAUAGAAACAAUCAUUGUGGCAGUUUUUCGUCCAAAGACAAUCAAAAUUAUAAAUGCUACACAUCAGCAAUUUGAAUUUGGCUUUGCUGUACUGCUUUUAUCUCCUGUCGUCUGUUCAAUCAUGGCUUUUAUUCGUUCACUUCAAGGAGAAGAAACUCCCUUGACACCAAAACCUCGCAGGUAUGGCUUUGUUGCUUGGCUGCUCAGCACUUCCGUGGGACUGCUGCUUUCUUUCCUGAGCAAGUCAUCAGUGCUUCUUGGAUUGUCCUUGACAGUGCCUCUCAUGGUAGCCUGUCUCUCUGUUGCAAUUCCUAUAUGGAUCCGCAAUGGCUAUCAAUUUUGGGUUCCACAAGUUCAGUGUACAAGUUUUGCUGGAAAUCAUCGACUUUCUGGGACAAAGGAGGUGGUUGUUCUUACUCUUUGCAUAACAGUAUUUACUGGUUCUGUAUUGGCACUGGGUGCAAUAGUGUCUUUUACCCCUUUAGAGGAUUUAAGAUACAAGGGAUGGACUGGUGAACCAAAUAACUUUACUUCUCCUUAUGCAUCAUCUGAUUACAUUGGCUGGGCAAUGGCAUCUGUAGUUGCUUUAGCAGUUACUGGUGUGCUUCCAAUCAUUUCAUGGUUUGCAACUUACCGGUUCUCGCUCUUUUCUGCUAUAUGUGUCAGUUUAUUCUCAGCUGUACUCGUCGCAUUUUGUGGUGCCUCCUAUAUGAAAAUUGUGAAGUCUAGGGAUGACCAGGUUCCUACAGUUGGUGAUUUUCUUGCUGCUUUUCUUCCAUUGGUGUGCAUUCCAGCAAUGCUAUCUCUAUGCACUGGAUUACUUAAAUGGAAAGAUGAUGGUUGGAGACUUUCUCGAGGUGUAAAUGUAUUUGUUACUAUUGGUCUUCUCCUAUUGCUUGCUGCAAUUUCUUCUGUUAUUGUUGUAAUUAAACCAUGGACGAUCGGGGCAGCAUUUCUGCUAGUACUUCUCUUGAUUGUUCUUGCCAUCGCUGUUAUCCACCACUGGGCAUCAAACAAUUUCUAUUUAACCAGGACCCAAAUGUUCUUGGUUUGCCUCCUUGCUUUUCUUUUGGGUUUAGCAGCAUUUUUUGUUGGGUGGUUUCAAGAUAAACCUUUUAUUGGAGCAUCUGUUGGUUAUUUUACAUUUCUGUUUCUACUUGCUGGGAGAGCUCUAACGGUUCUUCUUUCACCUCCAAUUGUUGUUUAUUCUCCACGAGUGCUUCCCGUAUAUGUUUAUGAUGCUCAUGCAGACUGUGGAAAGAAUGUCAGUGCCGCAUUUCUUGUCCUGUACGGGAUUGCACUUGCAACUGAAGGUUGGGGUGUUGUAGCUAGCUUGAUAAUCUAUCCACCAUAUGCUGGUGCUGCUGUAUCUGCUGUAACCCUUGUUGUAGCCUUCGGUUUUGCUGUUUCUCGUCCAUGCUUAACUCUUAAGAUGGUGGAAGAUGCAGUUCAUUUUCUGAGCAAAGAUAUUGUUGUCCAAGCAAUUGCUAGAUCUGCCACGAAGACAAGAAAUGCUUUGUCUGGAACCUAUUCCGCUCCACAGAGGUCUGCAAGUUCAGCAGCUCUUUUAGUAGGAGACCCUGCAGCUACACUUGAUAAGGGAGGGAAUUUUGUACUUCCUAGAGACGAUGUCAUGAAAUUAAGAGAUCGCCUGAGAAAUGAGGAACUAGUCACUGGAUCUUUCUUCCAUAGAAUGAGAUAUCAUAGGGGGUUUAGACAUGAACCAACCAAUGAUGUGGAUUACAGAAGAGAAAUGUGUGCUCAUGCACGAAUUUUAGCUUUGGAAGAGGCUAUUGAUACCGAAUGGGUGUACAUGUGGGAUAAGUUCGGAGGUUAUUUGCUACUCUUGCUUGGUUUAACUGCUCAGGCAGAACGAGUACAGGAUGAGGUGCGCUUGAACCUUUUCCUUGACAGUAUAGGGUUUUCAGAUCUAAGUGCCAAGAAAAUCAAGAAGUGGAUGCCAGAAGACCGUAGACAGUUUGAAAUCAUCCAGGAGAGCUAUAUAAGAGAGAAAGAGAUGGAAGAGGAAAUCUUAAUGCAGAGGCGUGAAGAGGAGGGGAGAGGUAAAGAGAGAAGGAAAGCCCUUUUGGAGAAGGAAGAACGUAAAUGGAAGGAGAUUGAAGCUUCCCUUAUUUCUUCUAUUCCUAAUGCUGGCAACCGGGAGGCAGCAGCCAUGGCAGCUGCAGUGCGUGCGGUUGGAGGUGAUUCUGUUCUCGAGGAUUCUUUUGCACGUGAGAGAGUUUCAAGCAUUGCUUAUAGGAUUCGUACAGCUCAGUUAGCCCGUAGAGCAGUUCAGACGGGAAUUUCUGGUGCUGUUUGUAUCCUUGAUGAUGAGCCAACAACAAGUGGCAGACACUGCGGUCAAAUUGAUCCAAGCAUGUGUCAAAGUCAAAAGGUCAGCUUUUCAAUUGCUGUGAUGAUCCAACCAGAGUCUGGUCCAGUUUGUCUAUUAGGGACUGAAUUUCAGAAAAAGGUCUGCUGGGAAAUUCUGGUGGCGGGUUCGGAACAAGGUAUUGAGGCUGGACAAGUUGGACUUAGAUUGAUUACUAAGGGUGACAGACAGACAAUUGUUUCAAAGGAGUGGAGCAUCAGUGCGACAAGUAUUGCUGAUGGAAGGUGGCAUAUUGUGACAAUGACUAUUGAUGCCGAUAUAGGGGAGGCAACUUGCUAUUUGGAUGGUGGUUUUGAUGGCUAUCAAACUGGUUUACCAUUGUCUGUGGGUAAUGGCAUUUGGGAACAAGGAACCGAGGUUUGGGUUGGUGUUAGGCCUCCUAUUGAUAUGGAUGCAUUUGGAAGAUCAGAUAGUGAAGGAGUAGAGUCUAAGAUGCAUAUAAUGGAUGUUUUCUUAUGGGGAAGAUGCUUAAAUGAAGAUGAGGUUGCUUCUCUUCAUGCUUCUAUUUGCUCUACUGAAUUUAACUUGAUUGAUUUCCCCGAGGACAAUUGGCAUUGGGCAUACUCGCCCCCAAGGGUUGAUGACUGGGACAGUGACCCUGCAGAUGUUGACCUAUAUGAUAGGGAUGAUGUAGAUUGGGAUGGUCAAUAUUCAAGUGGUAGGAAAAGGAGGUCAGGACGUGAAGGUUUUGUUGUUCAUGUGGAUUCUUUUGCCCGAAGGUAUAGGAAACCUAGGAUUGAAACACAAGACGAGAUUAAUCAGCGGAUGCUCUCUGUGGAGAUGGCUGUCAAAGAAGCCCUCUCUGCCCGAGGUGAAAUGCAUUUUACUGACAAUGAGUUCCCUCCAAAUGAUUUGUCUCUUUUUAUGGAUCCAAAGAAUCCUCCUCCAAAGCUGCAGGUUGUUUUGGAAUGGAUGAGACCUGCUGAAAUUGUUAAAGGUCAUUCAGACUCUCGUCCUUGCUUGUUUUCUGGGGCUGCAAAUCCUUCUGAUGUUUGCCAGGGUCGAUUGGGUGAUUGUUGGUUUUUGAGUGCUGUUGCUGUUUUGACGGAGGUUUCACGAAUAUCAGAAGUAAUAAUUAGUCCGGAGUACAAUGAGGAAGGAAUCUACACUGUUCGCUUCUGUAUUCAGGGUGAGUGGGUUCCUGUUGUUGUUGAUGACUGGAUUCCAUGUGAAUCGCCUGGCAAACCAGCAUUUGCUACCAGCAAGAAGGCUAAUGAACUGUGGGUUUCUAUAUUGGAGAAGGCAUAUGCAAAAUUGCAUGGUUCUUAUGAGGCACUAGAAGGUGGGCUUGUUCAGGAUGCACUUGUUGAUCUUACUGGAGGUGCUGGUGAGGAGAUUGACAUGAGAAGUUCCCAGGCCCAGUUAGAUCUUGCCAGUGGUAGACUAUGGUCUCAGUUGUUGCGGUUUAAACAAGAAGGAUCUCUUCUUGGUGCUGGAAGUCCAUCAGGCUCUGAUGUGCAUGUUUCUUCCAGCGGCAUUGUACAAGGACAUGCAUACUCGUUACUGCAGGUAAGAGAGGUGGAUGGACACAAGCUUGUUCAAAUUCGAAACCCUUGGGCUAAUGAAGUUGAAUGGAAUGGUCCCUGGUCCGAUUCAUCUUCGGAAUGGACGGAUAGGAUGAGGCACAAGCUGAAGCAUGUUCCUCAGUCAAAAGAUGGUAUAUUCUGGAUGUCAUGGCAAGACUUCCAAAUUCACUUCAGAUCAAUAUACGUAUGUCGGGUCUACCCUCCUGAGAUGCGUUAUUCUGUCCAUGGACAAUGGCGUGGUUACAGUGCUGGUGGCUGUCAAGAUUAUAAUUCAUGGCAUCAAAAUCCCCAGUUCCGAUUGAGGGCAACUGGUUCAGAUGCUUCUUAUCCAAUUCAUGUGUUCAUCACCUUAACUCAGGGUGUUAGCUUCUCAAGAACUGCAGCUGGUUUUAGGAAUUAUCAAUCUAGUCAUGACUCACAGAUGUUCUAUAUUGGAAUGAGGAUACUCAAAACCCGGGGUCGUCGUGCUGCGUACAACAUUUACCUACACGAAUCAGUUGGUGGUACGGAUUAUGUUAAUUCUAGAGAAAUAUCAUGUGAAAUGGUUUUAGAGCCUGAACCAAAGGGUUACACAAUUGUUCCUACAACCAUACACCCCGGGGAGGAGGCACCAUUUGUUCUUUCCGUAUUCACAAAAGCAUCAGUUAUCUUGGAACCUUUGUAGUCAUCGGCGGUGGCUUCUCCUGUCUACUUUUUGUUUGAGCCGAGGGCAUUCUGGUAAAACUGUUAGAUGCUCGUGUUGUCCGUGAAACUUUGCAGGGCAUCUUAUUUUCGGAUCUCUUGGGGAACGGCUUGUAGGUGUUUUUGAUGUCGAAAACUGGUUGAAGUGUCUCAUGUAGCAGUUAAACGUUCCAUGAGGGCUCCCCGCUGCAAGGAUGGCCAGCGAGUUUAGCAGUUGAUUAGGGUUUUGAGUUGACAACUGAGCCUAAUGUUGACUCGUUCUCAAACCAGAAUGCUUUUUAUCCGGACAUGAGGAAGGAGUUGCUGCUGGAGAAUGGGUCAUGACAGAUUGAUUAAUUGUACAUUUGUAGUUAGUAUGUGUGAAUGGCCCAUUCAUGUAAAUGAACGAAAUAGAAAAAAAAUUACUAAUUAGGAAAAUUAGAAAAGCAUAGAGGCUGCGAAGAGGGUGGUUUGAUAGUUUAAG